CUGAGAUUGUCAAGCGGCUGACUGCUAUCUGUGCCCAGAUUGUCCCCUUUCUCACGCAAGAGCAUCAACAGCAGGUCUUGCAAGCCAUGGACCGGGCCAAGCUGGUGACCAUGGGGGAGCUGAACAGCAUCAUUGGGCAGCAGCAGCUCCAGCAUCUCUCCCAUCAUGCCCCUGCGGUUCCCUUGGCCCCACACCCGUCAGGGUCUCAGACGUCUAGCUUGGCUGUGGUCAGCACUGCCUCUGGGCUUCUCACACUCUCAGGGACGUUGGUGGCUCAGACCACGCUCGGGGCAAAGCAAGAAAAUGCUGGGCAGGACUCUGAAAACAAUCAAGGGAACCCACGGAGUGGGAGCAAUUCUGUGUCUUCUCCUGAGAGCUUGCAAGAUGAGGAACGGAGAGAGGACAGCGGGGCAAAGGCCAAGCAGCACGAGAAGGACGAGGUGGGGCGUUACGAAAGCGAUGGGGAGAAGAGUGAUUACAACCUGAUUGUGGACGAGGACCCUCCUUCUGAGCACGGGAGCCCCCUUUGCACAUCUGCUGCCCACCUCCUGCCCACCCAAAGGGACUUCGCAAACAGCCCAGCCUCGCUGGCUUCCAGUCGGAGCACCACGCCUCUCAAAGGCAAGGAUCCUAAUUUGAACGAAGCCAGCCCAGCUACUUGCAAAGCAGCCAGCUUGUCUCCGGUCUCUGAAAUGCUGACUCCCAGACCUGGCCCGAGUUGCGCUCCUCACAUUGCAAAACCACCCACCACAGAUAUCAUCACUUUGCGGAGCUCACUCAACUCUUUCCCAAACUCCUUUGCUUCCUCCUUUGGGGUGAUCCCUCACGCCGCCCUCAACGGCGAAUUGGCUGCACCGAGCCCAUACGUCAGCAUUCAUCUUUCGACAGGCCCCGGCGGGUACGGACGGUCUCCCAUGGUGGCUUUUGAAUCUCACCCCCAUUUGCGUGGAUCUACCAUCUCGGCCUCCCUCCCUGCCGUUUCCGGCAGCAAGCCGGCCUACUCCUUCCACGUAAGCGCUGACGGACAGCUGCAGCCGGUGCCCUUCCCGCCUGAUGCCCUGAUCGGUUCCGGCAUCCCGCGCCACGCCCGCCAGCUGCACACGUUGACCCACGGUGAGGUGGUCUGCGCCGUCACCAUCAGCAAUUCCACCCAGCACGUCUACACAGGGGGGAAAGGCUGUGUCAAGGUGUGGGACGUGGGGCAGCCUGGCACCAAGACCCCCGUGGCCCAGCUUGACUGCCUGAACCGGGACAACUACAUCCGAUCCUGUAAGCUCCUCCCGGACGGCCACAGCCUCAUCGUCGGAGGGGAGGCCAGCACUUUGUCCAUCUGGGACCUGGCGGCCCCCACCCCCCGGAUCAAGGCAGAGCUGACCUCGUCCGCCCCCGCCUGCUACGCCCUGGCCAUCAGCCCCGACGCCAAAGUCUGCUUCUCCUGCUGCAGCGACGGCAACAUCGUGGUGUGGGACCUGCAGAACCAAACCAUGGUUAGGCAGUUCCAGGGUCACACGGAUGGGGCGAGUUGCAUCGACAUCUCCAAUUAUGGCACUAAACUCUGGACAGGGGGCUUGGACAACACCGUGCGGUGCUGGGACCUGCGCGAGGGCCGGCAGCUGCAGCAGCACGACUUCAGCUCCCAGAUCUUCUCCCUGGGCUACUGCCCCACGGGAGAGUGGCUGGCGGUCGGAAUGGGGAGCAGCAACGUGGAAAUCCUCCACGUGACGAAAUCUGAAAAGUACCAGCUCCACCUUCACGAGAGCUGCGUCCUCUCCCUGAAAUUUGCUUCCUGUGGCAAAUGGCUUAUCAGCACGGGCAAAGAUAAUCUGCUUAAUGCGUGGCGGGCUCCCUACGGUGCCAGCAUCUUUCAGUCCAAAGAAUCCUCAUCAGUCCUGAGCUGUGACAUCUCGGGCAAUGACAAGUUUAUUGUGACCGGAUCGGGAGACAAGAAAGCCACAGUUUACGAACUGGUGUACUGAGGGCGGGGGGCGGGCACUCCUGUGCCUUCCCCAUGCCAAACCUUUGAUGGCUGGGAGGACGAGAACAACGAGAUGAAAUCUUUCUCCCCAAAAGCUUUCCGUUCUCCGAGAAAAAGUAUCUCCCCCGCUGGCUUUGGAGAUUGUGGUGCUGAAAUGGCCUUUGCGCUUCCAGGCCUCCUUGCAGACGCAUGAGGACUAGAAACUUAAAAGCCGACAUUCUCAGGAAGAUAUUUUUCUCCCCUCAAGGGGGCGUAUACAAGCUCCCUUUUCGUGCUGUUUUGGGGAAAGCUCUCUUCUGCAUCUUGGCGAGAUGGGGGACCUCCCUUACCAGUCCUUUGAGGUCCCUGAUUGAGCAAAAUCUUCUCAUUAUCCCCCAGAAUGGACCGGAAGACCACCUCAACCCUGUGCCUGACAAGCUAAGGGGUCAAUCCGCACCAUGCUAAUCAUAGCCCCCCACCACCACCCCAUUCCGGCCACCCUAAUGCUACAGCCCCUAUUUUCAUUUUUGGGUGCGAGCAAAAAGUGAUGACGGAGACUGUCCCGAAUGAUUAAAUGUGUUUACGCCUUGCAGGUAGAUCUGUAGCUUUUGGGGAAGGGGGGAGUGGGGUAAUUCCAGAAAUUACAGGACAGAGAUGUGGGGAGAUUCUCCACUCGGCACCACUUUUCUUCCUGCUCCUACUUUCUAGCAGUCUUGAGCCACGACAGCAUCCUAGGGCUGGGCUCAACUUUAACCUCAACUUCAGCCACUAACCCAGUCAAAUCUCUGUUCUGUUGGAUCUAGCAGUGUGCAAUCUCAUUAACCGGGUUAAGGGCCACCAGUGGGGUUAGUUAGCGAGCCCACUUUUUUGCCAACGGGCUGGACCAGAACCGUUUUGGUCCAGCCUCUCCGCAGCUCCCUUGGAGGGUUGAGUGAGCCGGUCUUGGCCGUUACUCUCUGAUUACCUGGUUUGGCUGACCCAAGUUAGUUCGAUUCAUAACUACCUUGAUACGGUUUGGGGUUAAACCUGUCUGUUUCUUUCCCAAGCACUAACCAGGUUAGCAGGACCACACAAGAGUCUCCCCCACUCACCUGGUUAAGCCCAUGAUGAGACUCCAGCCGAAAUAUUAGGGGCUACUGAUUCUCACCAAUCCUCGUCAGCAAGAUCAGUGGCCCCGGUUGGUGGUUGAAGCUUUUCGGCCACGUGAAAAUCACAGAUGCAUGCCUCUGGACUUCUCUUUGCACUGAACAUAAUGUACAAAAAUGGAUUCGCUCGGUGUGUUUGCAGAAGGAACAUUCCAAACAUUAAAUGCAUAGAUGGCGAAAUAAACAUAA